AUGGAGUUUGUGUGCAAGUAUUGUGACAAGAAGUUCCCUUCUGGCAAAUCACUCGGAGGUCACAUCAGGAUUCAUUCACCAAACAAGAACAACAACAAGAGGAGGUUGCUUGAUCAGCGAGAGAUUGCAUCACUAAAACAGCAGCAGCAGCAUCAAUGCAACGUAUGUAGUAAAAGUUUCUGUUCUGUGAAAGCUCUUGACAAUCACAUGGAUUGUCACAACUACGACGAGGGAGAUAAGAUGGUGAUUGACACCCAAUCAACUGCCUCUGAGACUACUACUACUUCCUCUGGUCCUGCCAUGAUCAAAAGAUCCAAGAAGCAGCAGCACUCCAAUUCUCAAUCUUUUAGUUCUGAUCCUGAGAUUGUUCAAGGAGCCAAGGAUCUGAUGUUUAUGCAUUUGGGUACCAAAGGUUAUAACUUGGCUGUCAAGAACUCUCUGGUCCCAGCUGAGUCAUCAGAGAACAACUCUGAGAUUCUUCAGACCAAGUUUGCUGCUGCUGCUGCUGAUGAUGAUGAUGAUAGUGAGAAUGGUUCCUAUGUUUCAGAUAGCUCUGACGAUGAUGAUGAUUACUUCAUGAAUGGAACAAAGAAGUCAGACUCUGAUAUCUCUGUUGGUGGGUCUCUUAGGAACAGUACUGGAGUUGGUUCUGGAUUCAACAGCUUCAGCUAUGGUGAUGAGCUGCACAGAAGCAAAAGGGUCUCGCCUUCUUAUGAAAGUGAUUCAUCUGCAGACACAAACAUCAAGAUUCCUAGGUACAGUGAUAGUAAGAAAGCAAUUGGUGCCAACAAGAAUAGCAAAGGUCACCACGUGUGCCCGAUUUGCUUCAAGGUGUACAGUUCAGGCCAAGCUUUAGGAGGUCACAAGAGAUCACAUACCAUUGCAAACCAACGACACAGGAUCACACAUACGGCAGCUGAUAUGCAAUUGGAUCUCAAUGUUCCUGCUCAGGAUGAUGAUGAUGAAUGAAUCAGCACAUGAAACCACAACUCAUCCCUAGGUUUUUGUUCUCUUCUGGUGGUCUCUUAAUCCAGCUUUUUUGAUUGUUUGGUCUAAGAAUUCUCUUAUAAAAAAAUGUUCAAGGUUCUGACUCUUAUCAAAAGCUUUUUGAUUUGUUCAUGUAAAUACUUUAUCAGUUAGACAAUUCUUU